AGCAGUCUUCAGCUGUGGGUUGUGUACAUACACCUCGCUCAAGAUAUCAAGUCUGAGCCAUCACAGGAAAAUCCAUUCUAAAGAAAGACGUCACGUGUGUCACGUCUGCCUCAAGGCUUUUCGAACAGCUGCUCUCCUGCAGAACCACGUGAAUGUGCAUACAGGGACCAGACCCAAUAAAUGCAGUGACUGUGAUAUGGCAUUUGUGACCAGCGGUGAGCUUGCACGGCACAGGCGUUACAAGCAUACCUUUGAAAAACCUUUCAAGUGUUCAAUGUGUAAAUAUUCAAGUGUAGAAGCAAGUAAACUGAAGCGACACAUUCGCUCACAUACAGGAGAGCGUCCUUAUGCCUGUUACCUUUGCAGUUAUGCUGGCAAAGAUGCAUAUAAACUGAAAAGACACUUGGCAACUCAUUCAGGUGAAAAACCACAUGAAUGUUGCAUUUGCCACACCAGAUUUGCUCAGAGUGGUAACAUGAAAGCACAUAUGCUAAGGAAGCAUGGAGAAAAUGUGCCAAAAUACCAGUGUCCACACUGCAGUGCCUAUAUUGCACAGAAAAGAGAUUUGGGUGUCCACUUGCCAAAUGAGCAUUCACACAUGGCAGUGGCAAUUCAGUGCAGUCACUGUGAAGCUGCUUUUCACAACCAUUACACUCUUACCCAGCACAGGAAGAUUCACAGGGAUGGAAAAAGUUUCAAAUGUGAUCAGUGCUGCUCUGCACGCAAGCAGGAACGUCUUUUAAUUGUACAUAAACAAACUCAUAGUGAUGAGAAGUCUUUCACUUGCUCAUGCUGCAGCAAAACCUUUCAACAGAAACAGCUUUUCACAAUUCAUUCUAAGAAGCAUUGUGAUUCCAACUAUGCUCCCUCUUUGCAUAGGUGCAAGUCAGUAGCAGACACUUUUAGCUCAGUGUAAUGCAUUACAGUUAGAUGGGAGCUGGGACAGUGCUCUCUUCCUACUGGGGCCACAUUCCAGAAAUAACAGGUAACCAACAGACCCCACAGAGGAAUGAGGCAUCCGGCACCUUUUAGAACUAGGAGAUGCAUCCGUAUUUUGCAUGCAAAAAGAUCUUUUCUGCUUGCCUUGAAAUCCCUAAAAGAAAUGCAGA